CCUAUCUUUAAAACUAAGAGCCGCCAUUUCAAAAUAGACUAACUUGUCACGAACCAUUUCCGAGUCUCUUCGACUGGGUCACAAGCGAGCGGUCAUUAAGAUUCAAUACAAGCUUUCACUUACUGGUAUUACCACCACUACGGGCUCAGUUUUGUAAUAAUCAACGUGAAUAACGCACGUACACACAACACUAUCGGUUGCUACGAAAUAACCCAGAUUUAAAGGAAAAUCAAAUCAAAUUAAAGAUGGAGUUUGUGAAAUGUUUCUUUGCAAUGCUCAUUUUGAUCGUUUCUCUGAUCACUGUAGAGUCUACGAUACCGCAACCAAGGGCGCCGAAUUUCCAAUAUUUUGAAAGGCCUAACUACCGCUAUCCUUAUUACGACGAAAACGGCAAAGGAAAAUUGCUGUACGGAUAUGGAGGACCAGAAUUGUACCAGUACAAAUCCUAUUCGCCCCUUGAAGGCAUACAUUAACUCUCUAGAUAUAAUAGGAUACGAAAUGUUACAAACUGGGAGUCUGUAAUUAAACUUAAUAAAGCAUAUUAUGUGCAUAGUUCGUUCCGAAUAUGUAGUUCUAAUAAGGUUCAUGCAGAAUAAAGUUUAUUAGUUUUAACUUUACAAUAGAACCACUGAAUUCAUCCACAGUAAGCUUCUAGACAUCCUUUUUGCUGCGUACCAUUCGGCUUUGGAAUGAACCAUGGUUUUUCCUGAGCGCUAUGACAUUCCUUCUUCAAGCGAGGUCAGAGAAGAGCAUAGCGUAGCGUAGACAGUGGCUUGACUUUAUCCCUGUCUUGCUGAUGUCCGUGAGCGUCACCAUCAUGAGUCGUAUGUUUGUUUAUAAGAAAAACAAAAUCGUUAAUUGUAUAUUUGACAAUUCAUUCUACAAAAUAUCCAAUUGCAAUAGACAAUAUUUUUAUUAUGUAAAUAUCUAUUAUUUUUGAUAAAUAUAUUAUUAUCAUUAAGUACGUAGUUAUUAUCAUAUAAGCAGUAAGUAAGUGGG